CCUCUCUUCUUUAUCCUUUCCUCUUUUCAUACACAAUCGCUCCCUCGCAGAAAAAGCUUUGCUAAUUCAGCUAGAAAGCUAGACAUGGCUAUAGAGAUUGAGCAACCUUCUGUUGGACUAUCAAAGGUUGCAGUUUCUGAAACUCAUGGAGAAGACUCUCCAUACUUUGCAGGCUGGAAAGCAUACGAUGAAAACCCUUACCAUGAAUCAAGCAACCAGUCAGGGGUCAUACAGAUGGGACUGGCUGAAAAUCAAGUUUCAUUUGAUUUAUUGGAGAAGUACUUGGAAGAGCAUUCGGAAGGAUCUAGCUGGGGAAAAGGAGCACCUGGCUUCAGAGAAAAUGCUUUGUUUCAAGACUACCAUGGACUAAAAUCUUUCCGACAGGCUAUGGCAAAUUUCAUGGAGCAAAUUAGAGGGGGAAGAGCAAAAUUCGACCCUGAUAGAAUAGUUCUAACUGCAGGUGCAACUGCAGCCAAUGAGCUUUUAACAUUCAUUUUGGCUGAUCCUGGGGAUGCUUUGCUGGUUCCAACUCCAUACUAUCCAGGAUUUGACAGAGAUCUGAGGUGGAGGACCGGUGUGAAAAUUGUCCCAAUCCAUUGCGAUAGCUCAAACAAUUUCCAAGUUACACCGCAAGCUCUGGAAGCUGCCUAUCAAUGUGCGGAAUCCAUGAACUUCAAAGUGAGAGGAGUACUGAUAACAAACCCCUCAAACCCGUUAGGUGCAACAAUCCAAAGAUCAGUCCUGGAAGAGAUUCUCGAUUUCGCCACACGCAAAAAUAUCCACCUUGUCUCGGAUGAAAUUUACUGUGGAUCAACCUUCUCAUCAUCCGAAUUCAUAAGCGUUGCAGAAAUUCUUCAAACUCGUGACUACAAAAAUUCUGAAAGAGUUCACAUUGUUUACAGUCUUUCUAAAGAUCUUGGCCUUCCAGGUUUUAGAGUCGGAACAAUAUAUUCCUAUAAUGACAAGGUUGUCACAACUGCCAGGAGGAUGUCUAGCUUCACCUUGAUUUCUUCUCAAACACAACAUCUCUUGGCUUGCAUGUUGUCUAACAAGGAAUUCACUGAAAAGUACAUCAAGACGAACAGAGAAAGACUAAGCAAGAGAUAUGACAUGAUCAUUAAAGGGUUGAAAAAUGCCGGGAUCGAGUGUUUGAAAGGCAAUGCUGGUUUAUUUUGCUGGAUGAAUCUGAGUCCAUUGUUGGAGGAACCUACAAGAGAAGCCGAAUUGACUCUUUGGAAGAUUAUCUUAAAUGAAGUGAGACUAAACAUAUCACCAGGAUCUUCCUGCCAUUGCUCUGAACCAGGGUGGUUCAGGGUCUGUUUUGCAAACAUGAGUGAGCAGACGCUAGAAGUUGCACUGGAAAGAAUACAUAAAUUCAUGGAACAAAGAAAGAGAAAAUAA